AUGCAGACUCAAGGGAAAUUGAGGAAUACUGGCCUCGAACACACGAGGCUCGAGCUUCUUCAAAAGCACCCUUUCACUUUAAAACAAGACCGGAUUCCUAGGAAACACCAGUUGGCUAAAAUCUUUAAGGUUUUAAUACCAACUAAAAAGGACUGGAGACGGCCAGGUUUUCUCACUGGUCCGGGAGUGGACCUAUGGUAUACGGAUGGAUCGGGGGCAGGCGGCUGUUUCGGGGCCGGGGUGUUUGGACCCACAAUAGAUUACCGAGAGAGCAUACCUGUAGGUGGACUGGCCACGGUCUUUCAAGCCGAGGUGCUAGCCAUCCACAGGUGUGCCGAGAUCCUAAUGGAAACAAGAAGGAGUCGGCACACUAUAUACAUCUGCUCCGACAGCAGAGCAGCUAUAGAGGCCCUUACGAAGACCACUACUGAAUCAGCAGUAGUUUGGGACUGUAAGCAGGCACUGAAUAGCUUAGGGAAAAAAUGUACUUUAACCCUAGUGUGGACUCCUGGACAUCAAGGAAUCUUAGGCAACGAGGUGGCGGACGGCCUGGCAAAAGCGGGGACGCAAAUGAACCCAGCCACACAGGCCGUCGGCGUACCUUAUGCUGCAGGGAAAAAGACCAUCAAGCUCGAGGGCGGGCACGUAAAAUCCUGGCAAGCGACCAGCGGCUGUAGAAUAUCCAAACAGCUAAUGAGCCUCUCUCUGCGAAGCAGAGCAAACGAACUGCUAUCAAUGAGUAGAACCAAGGCGAGAGUUGGUGUGGGCCUACUCACGGGCCAUGUGGCCCUCAGAGGUCACCUAUACAACCUCGGAAUUACCACGCAAAAAAAGUGCAGAUUAUGCGGAGAGGAGAGCGAGGACAGCAUACACAUUCUGUGUCAUUGCCCCGCACUUGUCUGCAAGAGAUACAGAUCCUGGGGCAACAUAUUCGUAAAGCCCAAGGAUCUUGAAGACAAGAAGGUAAACAGCUUUAUAAGACUGGCGACAGAUGCCAGGCUAGGGCUGCUAUAG